ACAAGUGUUGACCAGUGUUUAAUUUUUGGUGAAAGCUAAUUUUGCAACGAGACACCUUAAUUUCGUAGUAUAAGAACUAAAAUUACAAUAUCGUUUUACGAAUAGAAUUAGCAAACUGCAAUGUUUACGAAACGUCGAACAAAGUGCAACGCACUAUUAAAAACGCGAUCGAAAUCCUAUGGUUCACAAGUGUAUCAUAUAUGCAUAAAAGUUUCUUGCAAGAAAGCGCAGAAACUCAAAGGAAGAAGCCGGUGACAAAAGGAACGUGGAAAGAAAUAGAAAGUGAGAGACGCGAUCAGCAAAAACCAAAAAAGAGAAUCAACUCUACUAUGAGGAACACGUUGCCCGCAGAAAUUCCAUUCGAUUGUGAUUCGCGACUUCCCCCACUACUCCGCAAGGAAUUUACGAUACCAAAAGCCUCAGUGGUGGGUUUUCGCGCAUGGAACAUGGGCGUGGUCGAUUGGGCGGAGCCUGGUUGUCGUUCCAGGGGUCUUCGUCCCGAAAAGCAUCGUUCCUGUGCCGCGAACAACCCCGAGUCGAGUCACGCAACUCCGUUCCCCACCACUCAGCCUCCGACGUUCUAACACACGCGUACACGUAUACAUACACGGACGUGCACGGAGUGGAAACAGUGCAAAGAAGCGUGGAUACACAGCGUGAAUGUGUGAGUGAUAGACCGAAGCGGCGAUUGCAGAGUGUGGAAGGGGCAGGAUCGAGGAUGCCAGUCUUCCCCGGGCCACGGAUCUGGACGGCGUAUUUUCUGCGAUCCUUUUCGAUCCUACAGAUCCGCGAUUUUUUAUUCCUCGCGAGUCCCCUGGUUUGGCUUUCUUUGGUUUGAUACUGAAACUUACUCGUUUGGAACGAGUUAUCGGAUCGUAGCGCGAGUUUUACUUUCAAAGUGUUGUGAAGAGACUUUGUGGACUACACACAUAUAUAGGUUGACUACUGACAUGUUUUUGUCAGUUUAGCACGUGUAUUUGGUAUAUCAGCAGACUCUUUUUUUGGUUACUCGAUGAUUAUGAAAAUGAAGAGAGGAAGUUUGUGAGUUAAAAGGAAGUUCUGGACCAAUUUCAGGAAAGAUGAAGACGGAAAUCGAGACGGAGCCAGAUUGCACGGACAGCAUCCUUUGUUCGAACAACAACAACAACAACAACAACGUGAACACCAAUAACAACAACGUAACCAGCAUAAAGAAAGCUGCUACUAAUAUCAACAACAACGACAGUCACGAUGGAAUGGAAAUGGACUGUGGCGGUUGCGGGGAAAGCGUUCGCGAGCGGACUGUCCUCUGCGUAGGGGGUCGUACCUGGCAUUCCAGAUGCCUGAAAUGUUGCGCCUGUGCGAGGCCUCUGCACGAUCAGCACUCCUGUUUUCUUCGAGGGAUGAGGCUCUACUGCAGGCACGACUACGCCUUAACCUUUGGUGCAAAAUGUGCGAAGUGUGGUCGAAGCGUAGGUGCGGGUGACUGGGUGAGAAGAGCCAGGGAAAGGGUGUAUCACUUGGCUUGUUUCGCCUGCGACGCCUGUUCUCGUCAGCUGUCGACGGGGGAGCAAUUCGCCCUGCUGGAUGCCCGAUUGCUCUGCAAGGCUCACUAUCUCGACGUUGUCGAAGGAAACAAUACCUCAUCCUCGGAAGAUUGCGACUCCGAGCACGGCGGCAAAGGGAGCAAGACGAAGAGGGUCAGGACCACUUUCACGGAGGAGCAACUCUCUGUUUUGCAAGCGAACUUUCAGUUAGACAGCAAUCCCGAUGGCCAGGAUCUUGAAAGAAUAGCUCACGUUACGGGACUGAGCAAACGAGUGACGCAAGUCUGGUUUCAGAACUCGAGGGCCAGGCAGAAGAAACACAGUGGAAAGAUCAAAACGCAAAUGCACCAUUCACCACCAAUGCAACAUCAUCCAGGUGAUUUGUACUCAACCAGUGUAAACAUGGUAGGUGCCUAUUUAGGGGGGUAUCAAGGCGGCAGCGCAGGAAGCGAAAGUCCUGGCAGUCCAUUGACACCACUCACUCCUUUAACACCUCUAACCCCGACAACGCCCAAUCACCUUCAAGCCCAGUUCUGUCAUCAAACGGGUUAACUUUAUUUAGUAACGAUGUCCAAUACCGGUGAUCAUUGCUUUCGAAUUUUACCUUCGUCGAUCGUUUCCAAGUCUAAUAUUAUUUGCAAUGGAAAAUUUAGCGUUCGAAUUUAGAAGAACAUCGAUCUAUUAGAGAGGAAGAAAUUAUAAAAUUCUAGGAUUUCGAAGAGGGUACAUUAAUUCAUUCGAAAGUUUUGAUACAUGUAAUUCUAUAGUUAGGUACUUAAGUGUAAUAUAAAUUUAGCAUAAAUUUUUUCAUAGAUUUAUGAGAAUUUGGAAUAUAGUAAAACCUCGAUUAUCAUUAAGGAAAUACUUGAUUAUUCGAACAUCGAUCGAUUAAAAAUUUGCAUAUGGUUUCCUCUAGGGAAAAUUGUAAAAUAAAAAUAUGGUCAAGGUUUUACUUAAAAAGAUUAUUUAAAACGAACCCUCUUUGAAUUCUAUAACGCUUAAGGAUAAGUUUUAAAUAAUUGAGAUAUUCUCUGUCUUCUUUUGUACAUACCCAAGACGAAUUGUUUCAAACAAAACAAGAAGUAAAAGUGAUAUUACGAAUAGGUUAAUAUUCUAUAGUGAGGAUUCUAGUAUACGAAUAGAGAAAACACGCUAUCAUUAUUUAUUCUGAUUCGAUUGCAAUAGUUCGUAACUUGUAUUUGCAUUUUACAAUUAGUCUACUUAACUAUUUUACUUGGCAAGAGUGCAAUGAAACGAAAAGUAGAAUUACAAUUUUAAUAGUGUUUGUAAAAAAGGUCUCGUUUUUCAUAAUUAAUAAUUAUUUUAUAAAUUUGAUUUGUCACGAGAUAGAUUUUUAAAUUUUCAAUUUGAAAAAAAUCGGAAUAUUUCUAUAACAUUAAUUUCAUUCAAAUUUCGCUAAUAUUAUUAUUCGUUCUUUUUUCAAUUUAACAUCAACAGUUUGCAACAGUAUCAAACCAAUGAUUACAAAACGAGUAAUUUUUAAUAACAUUGACAUGGCUCAUUAGUAUUAUUUAAAUUCUCGCUAUACGCGUGUCCUAUGAAGUAUUUUAUUUUUAAUAUAAGAUUGUACAUAGAUGUAUUCUGUAGCUUUUGUAUAUAAAUUUCAAGGAAAUCAUGCAUGAAUAUUUGAUAUCGCUCCCAAUGUUGUACACACAUUAUCGCAAUACUGUAAACCGUACUGUUAAUAAUAAAAAUGUCUUUUACUGUUAA